CAAUGCAAAAUCACUCCGAUGAUGAAUCGGUCGUGCUCCGCCUUGGGCCUCCGGGCCAAAACCAUAAACCCACCACCAAAAAACCUUCUCCAACCACAAACCCUAAUAAUAUCUCCGACGACGCCAACGGCGUCACCGUCGCUCUCCACAUUGGUCCUCCGUCCGCGGCCGAGAAGGGAUCCUCCGGAGGAAGCGACGUAGAUGGUUUCACGGCGACGGUUCUGCCACGUGGACAGUAUUGGAUCCCUUCCCUUGCCCAGAUCCUUGUCGGGCCAACUCAGUUCUCUUGCUCCGUUUGUAGCAAAACUUUCAACCGAUUCAACAACAUGCAGAUGCAUAUGUGGGGUCACGGUUCACAAUACCGGAAAGGUCCAGAAUCGCUGAGAGGGACAAAGUCGUCGUCUUCGAUACUGAGACUACCGUGCUAUUGUUGCGCAGAAGGUUGCAAGAACAACAUAGAGCAUCCGAGAUCGAAGCCACUCAAGGACUUUCGGACGCUGCAGACUCAUUACAAGCGAAAGCAUGGAGCAAAGCCCUUCGGUUGCCGCAAGUGCGGGAAGGCAUUCGCGGUCAGAGGAGACUGGAGGACGCACGAGAAAAAUUGCGGAAAGCUUUGGUUUUGCGUGUGCGGAUCCGAUUUUAAGCACAAGAGGUCUCUUAAAGAUCAUGUCAAGGCCUUUGGCGAUGGCCAUGCACCUCAUACUAUUGGUGAUCGCGUGGUGGCGAUUGGAGGUGGAGAAGAUGAUUAUGACGAUGACGACGGUGAUGGUGAUGAAGAAGAUGAUGAUUGUGGUGAUGAAGAUGAUGACCGUGGAGAGAAUUAUGAAUGUUUUCGUCGUUAUGGUCAAUUUUCUCGUAAUUAAUUACGGUCUUUAAUUUGUUUGAUAUAGGCUUUCUAGGUUUGAUCUAUCCGCCUCGUUGUCACUUUGGUUAAAUCGGGCGUAUUAUAAGCUU